UGGUAGUCGGGGUGUGGCUUAGAGGGCUGAAUGACAGUGUGGGCAGGCUCAGGUGUUGUGUUUGCAGGUUGGAUGACACGGUAUAGCAGCACUAUAGUGUGAUAUCCAGGGGCUGGAACCCAUAUAGUGAGCGCUAUGGCUGCCUGGAGAUGGAAGUGAUUGGUGGGAGACUGUGCCCGCCUCCAGGGUGACAGCUUACAUGGCUGCUGAUCAGGGUGCUGAUCCAUUGAUGGGAUCUCUCUGGGUGUAACUGGGGCAGUAUGAUCUCCCAAAGAGACAGAGCAGGGGAUCUGGCCCGAUUCUACACCGUCACCGAUCCCAGGAGACACCAGAAAGGGUUCACCAUCUACAAAGUCACCGCCAGGAUUGUAUCCAGAAAGAACCCAGAAGAUGUGCAGGAGAUAGUCACUUGGAAAAGAUACAGCGACUUUAAGAAGCUACAUCGAGAUCUCUGGCAGAUCCAUAAGAAUCUCUUCAGGCAGACCGACCUGUUCCCUCCUUUUGCUAAAGCUAAGCUGUUCGGGAGAUUCGAUGAGUGUGUGAUAGAGGAGAGACGCCAGUGUGCCGAGGACCUGCUGCAGUUCUCAGCCAACAUCCCCGCUCUGUACAACAGCUCCCAGCUGGAAGACUUUUUUAAGGGUGGAGAGGUGCAUGAUGGGUCCGAUCUGAUUGGUCCAGCAGAACCGUUUGGAGAUUUUCCCGACAGCCUCUCGGACUGCAGUUCUGAAGUAAGAAAAGACUCUUGUGGGCUAGAUGACGUGACAUUCACCAGCCAGUCUGAAUGUGGGGGUCUCUCCAGUGACAGCGACCUCAUCUCAUUGACCGUGGAUAUAGACUCUCUGUCCGGGACAGAUGAUGGAAUGGCUUCCAAUCAGAUUUCACCCAGUAAACCAUUCUCCGUUCCACCAUCACCCGGGUCGGUAGCGCAGAACUUUCCUGGUUCCAGCUAUGAUGGGGUUAAACCCGAAGCAGAAAAAGAGAGCCUCAGCUUGUUCACGGCCAAACUAAAGCAGAAGCUUGGCAGAUCGGAUUACCUGGCGAGGGCCGGUGAGCUGAUAACCUUGGCCAUGAAGAAGGAGACGGAGCAGGACUAUGAAGCCGCAUUCGGGUUUUACAGGAAAGGUGUCGAUCUCCUCCUGGAGGGUGUGCAAGGAGAGGCAAGUCCAACACGACGAGAAGCGGUGAAGAAGAAGACGGCAGAGUAUCUGAUGCGCGCAGAAACCAUUUCCAGCUUAUGUCUGAACCGUCCCUCAGAGGCGAGCGUACUUGGAGAACCUCCAGGAGCAGAGAGUUCAAGGCCCUCUCCGAACCUGAGGAGUCCUGCGGAGGAACUGAAGGCCUUCAGAGUCCUUGGGGUGAUUGACAAGGUUCUUCUGGUCCUGGACACACAGACUCAGGAGACCUUUAUAUUAAAGGGUCUGAGGAAAAGCAGCGAGGAGUCUGGGAGCAGAAAGACUAUCGUUCCCCGCUGCGUGCCCAACAUGGUCUGUCUGUGCAAGUACAUCAUCGCGGAGGAGUCUGUAUUUCUCGUGCUGCAGCAUGCCGAAGGUGGGAAAUUAUGGUCCUACUUAAGUAAGUUUUUAAGCAGGAGCACAGAAGGAAGCUUCGAUGUCCCACUGGCUAAAAGUUCUCACUCGAAUGAAGAUCUUCUGAAAAGCCUAGCUCCCUGUCCAAGAAAUAGCAUGGAGUCUAGGGCGAGCAGUAGCGGAAACAGGCUUUCGGUGCAGCCUCUACAAAGUAGCCUUACCCUUAGUUCUCAGGAUGAUAGCAGCACUCAAGAGGAAGAAGGAAGGGAAAGUCCAUUGAAGUGGGCCGAUUCGGCCUCCAGCUCGGAGGAGGAAUGUACUACAAGCUAUUUAACACUGUGCAAAGAAUAUGGACAAGAACAGAUUGAGCCAGAAACGUUAAGUGGUGACCCUUUGCUCAAAAUAGGGGAAGGGGACAGUACCAAAGAUUUAGAUCUGAAACAUCUUCCGGGCCCUUUAAGCAAAUUUGACUCUGAACUCAACUUUGAUGAAUUUAAGUUAAUAGAUGAACAUGGCGAGCAGGAGUUGGGAGGACACAUGGGGAUGUCUGAUGCCUUGAGCAAAUCCAGGAAUAGCCCUAUGGAAUUUUUUAGGAUAGACAGCAAGGAAAGUGCUAGUGACUUGCUUGGGGUGGACUUUGUUGAUAAGGGAUAUAGCCUAAAACCGGAGGGUUUCAAAACAGUUUCUCCUUUCCAAGAUGACGAGGUUGACCCUGAGACUCAGAGCUUAGAUGUCGAUAAGCCAAGUAGAAGCGCUCAUGACACUAUGAGCCGAGGAUCUAAUGACUCCUUCCCUGCUGUUUCCUUCAAAGAGGCCGCUCUGGAUGACGUGAGCAGCGUUGAUGAAGGAAGGCCGGAUCUGCUGGUGAACUUGCCUGGUGCACAACCAGUGGAUACUGAACAAAGCUCAAAGAAAGUUUACAUAGAAAGUGACAUUUUGGACUCCAAGCUACUGGAAACUCCUGAUGUCUUACAAAUAAAAAGUAGUUUAGAUAAAAUAAUCGAACAGCCAGAGGACUUUCAUGUCGUUGGAGAACAUUCGGCCCAUCACCCACCCCAAACCAUCACAUUACGCCCCAUUAGCGUUGACAACAUUGAUCUACAGUCUACUGGUCUAAAUGGUUCAGAUAUACCCAGCAAACCUUUGGACCCUCCUUUGGUUCAUUCAUCAUCUUCUUCCAUAUCUCACAACUCCUCUGUUUUAGAAGCUCCCCAAGUAGACAAUGAACAAGUUCCCGAAGCCAACCAACACUACGACCCUUACGACGCUCAACAGUCCUCUGCCUCCGGACUUCCAAAAGAGUCAUCCACCAACCUGAUGCCCUUUCAGAUCAGAAUCGAGGACAUGGAUGGCAUUUGUGAAGGGCGGAGAGAUCUCCGGGAGGACGGUGAGAUACAUAAGAUCUUUCAAGAGCUGGACACGAAAUUGUCUGAAGCCUCGCACUUCUCCAUUCCCGAGUCUUGCAUCCGGAGAUGGGCUGCCGAAAUCGUCAUAGCCCUCGACGCCCUACACCGGGAAGGAAUUGUAUGUCGGGAUUUGAACCCAAACAACAUCUUAUUGAAUGAUAGAGGACACAUUCAGCUAACAUAUUUUAGCAGGUGGACGGAGGUUGAAGAUUCGUGUGACAGCGAUGCGGUGGAAAGAAUGUACUGUGCCCCAGAGAUUGGAAGCAUCAUGGAGGAGACAGAGGCCUGUGACUGGUGGAGCCUUGGUGCCCUUCUCUUUGAACUUAUUACUAGGAAGGCGCUGGUAGAUUGUCACCCCGCAGGAAUCAGCACCCACACGUCUCUCAUCAUGCCCGAAUAUGUGUCCGAAGAGGCCCGGUCACUUCUACAGCAGCUCCUGCAGUUUAACCCUUUGGAGCGUCUGGGCGCCGGGGUCGCUGGGGUUGAGGACAUCAAGUCUCAUCCCUUCUUUAAUGGUGUGGACUGGGAGGACUUUACCAGAUGAAUCUAGAUUUGUACGGACUUCAGAGACUCCUUAUAUUUUCUGCAGCACUGAGGGGAGGACAUUGGGGUCAUCACACCAAUAAGAUUGUACUGUCCGUGCGCUAUACCGGAGCUUCACCCCACAGAUGAUAUCGUGGUCCCCAAAAUAUAGGAUGGAAACGGACAAUGACUGGAGUGAUAUGCAUGUUCUGUGAGGAGGAAUGAAUGUGUAGGACGGAGUGAUUUAUGUGUAGAAGUAGCAGAGCUGAAUUUGUACGAUAAUAUCACAGUCUGGAUUUAGUUACUCCUUAUCUACUUUCCACAACCUCUUUUACUUAUACUGUGUCUGGGUUAGUGGAAAUAUUAAUGGGGGUCUGCUGCCUGUGACACCCCUCUGAACGCUCCUGCUCUAGGCACACUUUGGUAUUACUUUGUUGGUGCAUUGAUCAUUAUGUACAUAAUGCAGUGUUUCCCAACCUGGGUGCCUCCAGCUGUUUCAAAACUACAAUUCCCAGCAUGCCCGGACAGCCAAAGCCUGUCCGGGCAUGCAGGGAGUUGUAGUUUUGCAACAGCUGGAGGCACCCGGGUUGGGAAACCCUGGCAUAAUGUGAUGCUUUAUUAGAAUACCAUGGAGAGAUUUUCCUAUUGGAGGGAUAAGCUACUGCCAGAUGCCUUUGACUGCAGCCUUCCCAUUACUUUAGGGGUUAUCCAGGAAAAAACUUAUACAUAUAUUACAUAUAUAUAUAUAUUAGGGAUCGACCGAUUAUCGGUAUGGCCGAUAUUGUCGGCCGAUAAUCACGAUUUUGGGCAUUAUCGGUAUCGGCAAUUACCUUGCCGAUAAUGAACCGCCCACCGCACCGCGACCGCCCCCCCCCCCGACCCACCGCACUGCGUCGCACCCCGCACUGUAGUGCUGGGCGGUAUACCGGUAUGAACCGGAUACCGUUUUUUUUUCUCCCACCGCUAUACCGGUCGGGCCCCUCCCCCACCCUCCGAGUCAAUAAAAAAUUUUUUUACUUACCCAUAAUGGG